AGAAGUGGAGAGAGAGAGAGAGAGAGAGAGAGAGUUUGUAUUGAUUCAUUGCUCUGUUCCCCAGAAUCAUUUUUCACUAAAGUGUAGAUUAGCAUUACUUUAUGCUAACUGAUAGCCAGCUACCUGAGAGACGCCAAGCGGCUUUAAUGAGUUAAUAAGUGAUAUGUGGUCUAUAAUUAAGAUAUCUCUUCUGUUGUGUCUAAAAUAACGCUUAUUCUUUGGAUUUUUGGAUGUGUAGUAGCUUAACUAGCCUAGCCUAACGCGAUCCUGUAUGUGGUUUUUAGGAGCGUUACCAUGGAAACGGACACGUCACUGCUCCGAGCUGAGCUGGAGGAAGAGGAGCUCUAUAACCUGCUGCAGUCGGUGGGAAAAACCCUGACUGACAGCAUGCCCUCUAAAGUCAUCCGCCCACAGCCAGGUCUUUGUUUGAAGACCGUCUCUCUACCAGACCAACAGAAAUUGUUUGUGAAUAUCUGUCAGUCAGCUGAUGUCCCGCCCCCUCCACCCAUUUCCCAUGAUGCACUGGUGGAGCUGUUUGAGUCAGAUGAUCCUACGGUAUAUAAAGUUCCCAUGAGUCUCGGCGAGGCCCACACUGAAAUGGACAACAGUUCAAACAGUUGCACAGUUUACGAUGUCAUCAUUAAUGAGGAGUUCUUCCAGAAAUGUCAGAAGGAUUCAUUAUUCCAGCAGUUUGUGAUCUCAGUGUCACUGGAGGGACUGGAAAAUAAAUACAAACUGCAGAUAAACAGAGACAUAAAGAUUUUGAAAAACAGGAAGUUCAUGGGCUCGCUGACAGAGCAGAACGUUCGCAUGAAAAGCAAACCAGUCAUUCAGGAAAUCAGCUCAGAGGAGACUCAGUCACAGCUGGCCACAGUGAAGAGGCCGCAGGUGUGUUUAGUGGUGGAGCCCCCUGUUGGUCAGGUGGAGUAUUUGAUUGCAGAGGUGCAGCUGCCUGGUGUGUCGUCUGUUCGGUCUCUGGUGCUGGAUUUAGGAGAGGACAGGUUGGUGUUGAACGCUCGUCCCUCUCUCUUCCACCUGGACAUUUUCCUCCCCUUCCUCAUCGAUCAGGACAACAGCGGAGCUCAAUACAACACUGACACACAGGUCCUCACAGUGACCAUGCCUGUGAUCUCAUCCUAAAACAACUGUCAUAUUUAUUUCCAAUGAAACAUUUAUAUUUUGUGUGAUGAGAAUGUUGAGUUUCUGUUUGCAAUCCUCUGUAUAAGAAACAUUACAGGAAGAUGAACUCAGAUUAGUUUAUAGAAAAUAAAUGCUGAUGUAAUGAGAUACUGAUUCUUAAGGUCGUUUCUGAUGUGUUCAACCCCAACCCUAAUCCCAGGUCUUUAGCCUCUCCGGAUGACCACCUAGUGGACUAUCAUGAAAGUACCUAAGGAAUUAAAAUUUAGCACUGGACUCAGCUUCACAUAAAUCCAGAUGUAGAUUUAAUCUCUAAUGAACAAGUGGGAAUCUAUAGUGGUGAGAGAAAACUUCCUAAGAGGACACGAGGAAGGAACCUUAACAGAGAACAACUUCUCUUCUGUGAGAUUGUUAAAAGACAGAAUAUUAUUACCUACAUCAGCGGUCUGAUGCUUUCUGCCGCACUUGGUCCUCUCUUUGGGCCUUUCUUGAAGAUGCUCAGUGUUAUACUCCUUUAACUUUGGUACAUAUUUUGUCUCCUUGCAUUUUCGUGUGCUUUUUAUAUAUAAUUUUAUAUUCUUUCCUUUUUCAGAUAUACCCUGUUGUGUGGUUUUUUGUUUUGUUUUUUUGCACGAGAUGUUUAAGAAUUGUAAGCUAACAAAUGGCUGUACGUGAUGAGCUACCAGUACCACUGCUGUUUAUAUUGUUUAAAAUAAAAUCAUUAAAAUAAAAAAGGCGUUCAUAAUAGUGCGAUUAUAAAUCA